AUGUCCAAGCCAAGCCAGUACCUUCUCCUCUCCCUCCCCACCUCCAUCGUUCCAUCGCAUCACCGCGACGACGCCCUCGAAGCUGUCGCCAACACCGUCUCCCCCGACAAUGGCUCCGUGGCCUCCUUCCCGAUCCCCGAGUUCAAGAUCGGCACUUUAGAUGCGCUCGUCCAGCAGGCUGACGAGCUAGCUAAGCUUGAGGGUCAGUGCCAAGCUGUUGUGGGCAAGGUCGGCGAUGCGUUGAAGAAUAUCCUCGAGGGGGAUGAGGCGCAGAUUGAGCGCAUGAAGGUCGUCAAUGACAAGCCGGUUGACCAGUAUCUUCGCACCUUCCAGUGGAAUAAGGUCAAAUACCGUGCGGAUAAGUCGCUCUCCGAGUUGAUUGAUCUUCUGCAGAAGGAGGGUGCCAGCAUCGACAACGAUAUUCGAUUCAAGUACUCCCAAUAUAAUCAGGUUAAGAAUACGCUGGCGACCCUGCAGCGGAAACAAACAGGAAAUCUCUCCACAAAAUCGCUCGCCUCCAUCAUUGACCCCCGCUCCAUUGUUCAAGACUCCGAAUUUAUUGAAACACACCUUGUCGCCGUCCCCUCGCAGCAAGUAAAGGAUUUCCUGAAAACCUACGAAACCAUCGCGGCAAUGGUCGUCCCCCGCUCUGCCCAAUUGGUCGCUGAGGACAGUGAGUUCUCAUUGUACGCCGUGACGACGUUCAAGAAGCACAGCGCCGAGUUUGUGCACAAGGCCCGCGAGCAGAAGUGGAUUCCGCGUGAUUUCAAGUAUGUCGAGGGCGGCAAGGAGGAGGAAGCGAAGGAGGUUGAGCGUGUGGGUGGCGACGAGCGCAAGCUUUGGGGCGAGACGUUGCGUCUUGGUCGCACGGCCUGGAGCGAGGCCGUUAUGGUCUGGAUCCAUGUUCUGGUCCUGCGGGUGUUUGUUGAGACGGUGUUGCGGUACGGAUUGCCUUUGGACUUUGUCUGUGGCUUGAUUCGGGCUCCUACUACCAAGCAGGCGGAUCGUGCAAAGAAGAACCUCGAGGAUAAGUACUCCUACCUGGCUGGCAAUGCCUUUGGGCGUGACAAGAAGGGCCGUGUUAAGCGGGACGAUCCCAAUGAGAUGCAUGGUGCUGAGGGGAAUGCGGAGUACACGCCAUUUGUGUUCUAUGAGUUCGAGUUCAACUAA